AUGUUUGACUUCACAGACGACGCGUGCGGACGCGAAAAAUGCUACACCACAGUCUCGCAGUUACCUAGUUUUAUCGACCCGAAACAGGUGCCGAGCAAAAAGUCUCCAUUCUCUGCUAUUGUGAACCAUCCCUUUGCGCACACAGUCGAGGUCAUUCUCCCCGAAGAUGUUUACACAGACAUUCAGACGUCAUUAGACAAGCUGAAAAAGCCUUACUCCGUUCGAGUGUUCAUGUCACCCUCUGAUCUCCUGGAGCAUGGAUUUUUCAACACGUACAUAAAGACUGGCAACGUACUCAUGAUAUCCGAAGGCCGAGCCGGGUCUGAUAAUGUGUACACCCUGCAAGAAGGAAUUCUCAAGAUCGAGCUUGGGAGAGAAACCUUUGAGCGCACAGGCCUUACGGGAAAACCCAUCCGGAGCGGUGGAAGGAAGCACGCAAAGGAGAGAUUCUUGAUUGAGCUGAAUCUGCGCCUUCCAUCGAUGUUACACGGCAAGAAAGGAUUUGACAGAAUCGUAUGGGCCUUCAAAAAUGUGUUGAAUCGGUCCCUGGCUUGGCUUUUCUGCGACUUGGAGUCUUCCCCAGACCAAGAGACCACGUCGAUCCAGAAACAGAGUCCUCAGAUGAUCGAUUCUGAGAUGCUGAAAACCAAGCUGGGCCAAAUUUCAACACCCCCGCUGCAAGGAUUGGUAUUAAACGAUAUGUCCGAGGGAGAUAUGCAGGAGAGCUGCGGUGCCUUUGCUGAGUGGAUUGCCAUGGUCCAGCUGGGGUCACCCCGUGUAUCUGCGGAUGAUGACGUCGACUCGUACCUGAGUCGCUACAUUGUACCAGCAGAUAAUGGAUCUCGUACCACCGAUUUGAUUAGCCUAAAAUGGCAUGGUCUGAUUUCAGGAACAUGGGUCCUCCAACUAUUCAUUUCUCUACUAUCCUACACCUCCAGUUCUAGUUCUAGAUCUUCAUCGCCCUGGUUCGUUCUUUCCGUUUCUGCGCUGGGGAGACAGGCCGUGGACGGAAGGGACGGUUAUACAAUCGCAACUGCUCCCAACAUCUGCCCCCCAGUGGCAUCCAGCGGGGAUGGAGGUGAAGUUUCCGAGUCUGGUAGCCGCAAUGCGGUAUGCUGGGAAUUCGUUGGCGCGACUUCUAUCGAGUGA